UUGAUAACAUACUAAUAGUUUUAUAUAGUAAAGAUUUGAGAAUAACUAAGACUUGAUACCAAUAACUUUUUUUCUCCCCAUAUCCAGGAAGUUUCACAGCAUUUUUUAUUGUUGACUUGUGUGAUGCAUACAACAAAACCAGAUCUUGGUUAGUAUACAAGUCUUGGUCCACUGAUGCCCUAUAUAAGCAGCUCAGAUAUAACAACACUCUCUAGUUAAUCUAAAUCAAUUAGUACCUCCUUGAAGAAGCAAUGAACAUCACCUUCCAUUCCAUUCUUGUUGGUCUCCUCCUUAUUACAAUGAGUUCCGCCUUGCGUUGCUCUGGGGCCUUGGAUGGCAACAACUCUGUUAUUAACUUUCAAGUGGGUGUGAUUCUUGAUUUGGAGACACAGCUUGGGCACAGGGCUUUCAAUUGCCUCACAAUUGCCCAUUCUGACUUCUAUUCACGUCAUCCAAACUAUAAAACAAGACUGGUUCUUCAUGCCAGGGACUCCAAAAGAAAUGUAAUUGAUGCUGCUGCUUCCGGUCUUGAAUUGUUGAAAUAUUUAAAAGUCGAUGCAGUAAUUGGGCCUCAAAAAUCAACACAAGCCAACUUCUUGAUGAAUCUUGGAGAGAGAGCUCAAGUCCCAAUAGUAUCUUUCUCUGCAACCAGCCCUUCUCUUCAACCUCCAAAAUUUUUUGUUCAAACAGCCCAAACUGAUGACACUGAGGUUGGUGUCAUUGCUGCCAUUGUCAAAGCCUUCCAGUGGAAUCAGGUUGUGAUCAUUUAUGAAGAUUCAGAGUACGGUAAUGGCAUUGUUCCUUACUUGUCUAAUGCCUUGCAAGACAUCAAUGCUCAUGUUGCCUAUAAAAGCCUCAUCCCUGUAUCAGCUGACGAGGAUUUUACACUCAAAGAGCUGUACAAGAUGAUGACCAUGCAGACUAGGGUGUUCAUAGCACAUCUGUCGCAUUCUCUUGGGGCCAAGUUCUUUCUAAAAGCCAAGGCAAUAGGUAUGAUGAGUGAGGGCUAUGUCUGGAUCAUCACCAGUGGUCUUAUGGACUUCCUUCCUUCCAUGAAUUCACACGUUGUGGAAGCCAUGCAAGGGGUAUUGGGGGUAAAGCCACUCAUUCCCAAGACUAGCCAUCUUGAGUCAUUGAGAUUGCAAAAGACAAUCUUUGACCCCGUCAAUCCUGGUUAUAAAUCAGCAGAUAUGGUGAGCAUUUUUGAUGUAUGGGCAUAUGAUACUAUGUGGGCACUAGCUAUGGCUGCUGAGCAAGUUGGAAGUCACUAUCCAGAAGCUUCAUAUCAGGACACAACUGCCGACCUCAAUUCUUCUGACCCAUUCAACCUUCCUAUCUCAAAAACAGGUCCUAAGCUUCUCAAAGCAAUUUUGACAACUAGGUUUAAAGGGCUUAGUGGAAUGUUCCAUCUCGUUGGUGGAAAAUUGUAUCCCACGUCAUAUAAAAUACUGAAUGUUGUUGGAAAUGGAGAAAAAGAGGUAGCAGUCUGGACACAGGCUCAUGGAUUCAAAAGGGUGAGACACAACACUAGCGACAAAUUUGAUUCAACCCCAAAGGAGGAAUUUAAUAGUAACAUCAUAUGGCCAGGGAAAUCUAGAGUGCUACCAAGGGGAUGGGAAGUUCCAGUUAGGGGUAAAAGGCUAAAAGUUGCAGUGGCAGUGAGACCUGGUUUUGAGGAAUACUUGAAUGUGAUGAAGGAUUCGAGGACGGGUGUUGUUCAUUUUAGUGGGUACUACAUAGACGUAUUCAAAUCAGUGAUGGCAGCUUUACCAUAUGCUGUGCCUUACGACUUCUUUCACUUUGAGAAGCCGGAUGGCUCAUGUGCAGGGAGUUACAAUGAUCUUGUAAAUCAAGUGUUUCUACAGAAAUAUGAUGCUGCCAUUGGAGAUAUUACAAUCACAGGAAACCGAUCAAACUACGUGGACUUUACUCUGCCAUUCGCAGAAGGAGGAGUGGUUAGAAUUGUUCCAAUUACUUAUGAGGAUGACAAUAAUAUGUGGACGUUCUUGAAGCCCAUGAAGAAGGAACUCUGGCUCACAAGUAUAGCAUUUUUCUUUGUCACGGGAUUAGCUGUUUGGAUUCUUGAACACAGAAUAAGCUCAGCUUUUCGGGGUCCCCCUUCUCACCAUCUUGGCAUGAUCUUCUAUUUUCCCUUCUCCACUUUAGUAUUUGCACACAGAGAGAGAAUAGUGAGCAAUCUGGCUCGUCUGGUUGUAGUAGUAUGGAUGUUCGUAGUACUCAUAUUGAACUCCACUUACACUGCUAGCCUAUCAUCAAGAUUGACCGUACAGAGGCUACGACCAGCUAUUGCAGAUGUGAAGGAACUCAUCAGGAAAGGACAUUCUGUGGGCUGUUACCAAGGCUCAUUUGUAUGUGAUAUUUUAAGGGGGGUGGGUUUUGAGGACUCAAAGAUCAAGAUGUACAGGUUUCCAGAAGAUUAUGAAGAAGCUCUGUCAAUUGGAAGCAAGAGUGGCAACAUAUCAGCACUUUUUGAUGUGGUUCCUUACUCCAAACUCUUCCUAGCAAAGUACUGUGACAAGUACACCAUUGUCGGCCCUACCUAUCGCACUGAAGGUUUUGCCUUUGUUUUCCCAAAGGGAAGUCCUUUGGUGGCUGAUGUCUCUCAAGCAGUUAUCAACCUAACAGAGAACGGUGAGAUGUUAGACAUCCAACAGAAGUGGUCUGUAGGUGAUCCCACAUGUAAUGGUCCAGACAGCAUUGUAACCUCAGUCAGUGUCUCACUACAAGGUUUCAAAGGGCUCUUUGCCAUAACUGGCACCAUCACAUCUUCAUGCGUACUUAUUUUCAUAGUCAUCUAUGUUACCAAAAACAGAAGUUCUCUUCAGCAAAUUUUGAAUUCCAGAAGUACCGUUUGGUCCAAAAUUAAAGAAAUAGGUCGACACUUUGACCAAAGAGACCUCUCAUCUCAUCCUUCUACCAUGGCAAGAGACCCCCAGUUUAAGUAUCCAAAAGCAGAAGUAGCAGAAAUUGUUUCUUCAUCACAGUCUGUUGACUUGUCCAACUCUAAUCUAAUGGUACUCAGUCUGCCUAUGAAUAUUCUUUCCACUCACUCCAACAACAUUGCAUUGCCAAACAUACCUACAAAUGCUACUUCUUCAAACUCCACCGUCUUGGCACCAAUUUUGCCAGAAGAAUCAAACACCGCCAUUGAUGUCACUGACAGGUUACAGCAGCAAUGCUGUGAUGCACAACUAGAAUCUUAGCAGCUGCGCAUCAGUCAUAAUUUUUUAUCCAGCUUAGUACAUAUUAGUCAUAUACAUGUACAGUAGAUUUUCCAUUCAAAAUUCCAGUUCAUGAAGUGUAGAUGUAGCAAAAAUGGGAAGAACAAAGAUCGGGUUCUUUAGCA